AUGAGUCUAAGUAUAUUUAGUGCUAAGACAAGUUACUACAAGAAUGGUGUAUGGUGGUUUACAAAAAUGGCUGCUAGAGUAGUAGGGGAAGAGAGAUGGGAUUCUAUGAGGAUGGCUCGAAGAAUCUAUGGCAAUAAAUUUUAUUAUGCAAGAUAAUAAGUCUUGUUUGAUAUCUUUUAUGAUUGGCCAGCCUUCGCCAACAUGAUUGGUAUCUACCCCAAAGUACAAUGAUAUCUAAAAUAAUUAGAUUGAUACUUCCCAUGGAUUCCUUCAUUGGGCCACAUACGAAGCCUACAGAGAUUGGCAAGAACACACCUUGAACUCUGAUGUAACAUUUAACCAAUACCUAGGGUGCCUUUGCCAUGUGGAUUUACUUAAUGUGUGGGGUUUAUAUCGGCCAUUUUGUGUACUCGUAUAUGGUUCCUUAUUAUUGGACGUAUCUUUUUUUUGUUAUAAAUUAGGAACCUGUUCCCAGCCAAAAAUGAGGAAUUCGUAAGAUUGAGAAUGAAGGAUGCCAUAGCUUCGACUGUUCAAGAAGAAUUGUUCGGAAAUCAAUAUGCCGAAUUCGGUUGGGCUCCCCAUGAUUUCCACUAUAACAGACGCCGAUGCAUGGCUGGUUAUAGUCAUCCUGAUGAUCCUCGUACUAUGCACAUGGCCAGUUUUAAUAGUAAGCCCAUUUUUGAAUAUUCUUUAGGAAAACAUAAGUACAAGGAACACUAUAUUAAGAGAGUAGGAUAACAAAGUAGAAUGACUGAUUUAUGA